AUGGUGGGAAGCUCAACCACCCCCAGCAUGGUGGGAAGCUCAACCACCCCCAGCAUGGUGGGAAACUCAACCAACCACCCGCAGCAUGGUGGGAAACUCAACCAACCACCCCCAGCAUGGUGGGAAGCUCAACCAACCACCCCCAGCAUGGUGGGAAACUCAACCAACCACCCCCAGCAUGGUGGGAAACUCAACCAACCACCCCCAGCAUGGUGGGAAACUCAACCAACCACCCCCAGCAUGGUGGGAAGCUCAACCAACCACCCCCAGCAUGGUGGGAAGCUCAACCAACCACCCCCAGCAUGGUGGGAAACUCAACCAACCACCCCCAGCAUGGUGGGAAGCUCAACCAACCACCCCCAGCAUGGUGGGAAGCUCAACCAACCACCCCCAGCAUGGUGGGAAGCUCAACCAACCACCCCCAGCAUGGUGGGAAACUCAACCAACCACCCCCAGCAUGGUGGGAAACUCAACCAACCACCCCCAGCAUGGUGGGAAGCUCAACCAACCACCCCCAGCAUGGUGGGAAGCUCAACCAACCACCCCCAGCAUGGUGGGAAACUCAACCAACCACUACUGGCAUGGUGGGAAACUCAACCAACCACCCCCAGCAUGGUGGGAAACUCAACCAACCACCCCCAGCAUGGUGGGAAGCUCAACCACCCCCAGCAUGGUGGGAAACUCAACCAACCACCCCCAGCAUGGUGGGAAACUCAACCAACCACCCCCAGCAUGGUGGGAAACUCAACCAACCACCCCCAGCAUGGUGGGAAACUCAACCAACCACCACCGGCAUGGUGGGAAACUCAACCAACCACCACCGGCAUGGUGGGAAACUCAACCAACCACCACCGGCAUGGUGGGAAACUCAACCAACCACUACUGGCAUGCUACAUAGUUCCUGAGAGAAGAGAUUCCCCGUUAGAGGACAGCAGGAAGGACUAUCAUGGUGUGAACAAGCUUUGA